UUAUAAUCAAAAAUUCUGAUUGGUGAAGUUAUCAAAUGAAAUUGAUCAGUCGCUCACACAUCUCAGUGACAUAACAGUAUAAAUUAUAGAGAAAUUCUUAAUUAUAUAUAUUCAUAAAAUGGGGACAUUUCUAGGACAUAUUUAUCCAGGACUACUCGUAGUAAUCAUCGGAUUACGUAAUCUGUGGAUAAACUUGAGAUCAUUUUAUACUGAAGAGUGUAAUCAUAACGGAAAGAAUGAUUGUCGAAAUCCUCAUGAUUUCAAGAGUAAUCUAAAAGAAUCCAUAUUCUAUAUUAUAACUGGGAUUAUAUGUUCUGGGAAUGAAAUAAUAACUGUUUUAAUGUAUGAUGGAUAUUAUUUUGGAGGGCAUAGUUAUCAACAUAUGACAUUAUUUAUUAUGAUAUUACUUUAUGGUGUGAUUCGAAUUAUUCUGUCCUACAAAUUACCUCAUUUAUUCAAGCAGAUUUGUGAUUUAUUUUACCUUAUGAUGGGAUGUGCUGUAUACUUUUCACUGAUGUUUCAUUUACACAAACGAGCUCCAUUCGAUACACAUGUGCAUAUUAUUUUGGUUCAUACAAUAUUAUUUACAAUUAUAUCACAUAUUGCACAGAUUAUUUCCAAUUCUAAUCCAAUCUUCAGUUUGAUGCAUAAUUUUUGUUUCAUAUUAAUUGGUUCGUGGCUUUGUCAUAUUGGAUUAUACCUUUUUUCACCAUGGAGUUGGUUAAUUGUUCGGGAUCAGAAUGACGUAAUAUCCAUUAUACACGCGAAUAAUACCUUCUCAUAUCAUAUGAUAAUGAUCUGCUUGACUAUAAUCAUGAUGAUGUUUAUUUUAAAUAGGAAAAGUCGGCAUACAAUACAACAAUCUCGUUUUUCUGAACACAAUCUACAAAGACCCCCUGUGAAACAAUGUUAUUCAUGAACAGUUAACGAGUAUCGAUCUCUGAGCUGAAAUUGCAGAUAACGUUUUUAAAUAAAUAUGGUUGUGAAUUUCUGUUGUUCUUUUGUCACCUUACAAUCUUAUUGAUAGAUAAACUUAUCAAAGUAACUUCGAAAUGAUCUUUCAAGGAUUUAUUGUUUUGCAGAUAAAUAUAUACAUCAAAAGUUGAUAAUUCUUUU